GUGGAAGGGUAAAGAUCAGCAGCCUGAACUUUUUCAACAUCACUUGCUUAAACUAUCUGAUUAAAUCAUGCACGGGCUGAUUUAAGGCCUAACCAACCUUAGCAGGAUGAGUCAGAAGACCAGGAAUAAAUCCCGGACUUCCUUUGGGGCUACAGCACCACCAUUUCUUGACUACCUGAAAGAUAUUCUCCGUCGAUAUCCAGAUGGUGGACAAAUUUUGAAGGAGCUAAUUCAAAAUGCAGAUGACGCUCAAGCCACAGAAGUGGUUUUCAUCCAUGAUGAGAGGAACUACAGGACAGAAAGUCUUUGGACUGAUGAGCUGAGAUAUUACCAAGGUCCUGCUCUUUAUGCCUACAACAAUGCACCGUUUUCUACUGAAGACUGGGAGAGAAUCCAAAAGGCAGGAAGGAGUGGCAAGAUCAACGACCCAAACAAAAUUGGGAGGUUUGGGAUUGGUUUCAACUCUGUUUACCACAUUACAGAUGUACCAAGCAUAUUUAGCUCAGGGCACCUUGGCCUAAUGGACCCGCAAGAAAAAAUAUUUGGUGAAAGAAAUGGGGGCUUUUUGUGGUCUUUGGAUGACGAAGAGCAUCAUGAAUCUCUGAUAAGGAUGCAUGACCAGUUUCACUUUCAGCAAGUCAUCAGGAAUGUAAUAUGUGCACCUAAAACAGCACGAGAGGAACUGAAAGACUGUUUGUGCCAUCUAGAUUCCCUCUCAGGUCCAGAGAAAGAUUUUCUCAUAAGGCUGCCUCUGUUUCAAACUACGACAGGUUCCUGGGUCACAGCUCAGUCAAAACAGGCUUUGGUUUUAACGUCUGGUCCUGGUUUAGCCCCACAACUGCCUGUGCCAGAUUCGGUUAUCCAGUGUACUACUGAAGCUGAUCGCAGACUUUUACAGCUGCUGAAGGUGAAUCUCUUGGGUCCAGCUGAAGUAGGCAUUAUCCUUGUUGACAGGAUAAAACAGGGUGCCUGCAAUAGUCAAGAUACAGAGAACAUAAUGACCUGGAUAUUGCAGCACGGGAAUAUCCUUUUCUCACAAAAUCAGUCCCUGAAAAAAAGAUGCAAGGAACUAAGAUUCAUCCAAGGGAAAGGAGAGUUGAAAAGGGCUUCAGACUUUUUUGAUCCGAGAGUGAAUGACUUCAGAGUCAUCUUUGAGUCAGAUUGUUUUCCCCCACCUGUAUACACAGAAGCACCACAGAUAUUGGAAAGUCUGAUAGAUCUUGGAUUGAUCAACAAAGAGGCAGAUUUGACACCUGAGCAUUUGUUAUAUGCCACCAGAAUUAUUGAAAAACAAAAAGUGAACUCUGAGGGUGAGGCCCUUCAAAGAGCUCAGGUCCUCUUGGAAAUGCUGGAUGCUUGUGAUCUACUGUCAAAGUUUUCAAAUGCACAACUUAAUACUCUUAAGAAGACUAAAUGGUUCCCAUGUGAUCAACCCCUUAUUGAAAAUAGAGACAUCUCUAACAAAUCUACACAAAUUUUCUACAACCCAGAGGAAAUAAGACACACUAUGUAUGAGGACAUUGUUGGAGAGGUGAUGCCUUUAAUAGGGAAGCUCAGUGAGAGAGUUAACAACAAGCUUGGCUUGAAAUCUCUGCCUCCACCUGAGAAAGUGAUAAAAAACUUGUCAGUCCUAAAAUUAAAAGUACAAGACAUGGAUGAACCUGAUACCAAUGUUGAUUUCAAACGAAAGCUGCAUAGCAUUUACAGGCACAUGCAAGAAAACAUCUCUGCAUUUGUAGAGUUAAUGAACACUGAGACAGACUGGUUGUGGGCCAAGGGCAAAUUUGUUUCCCCCCGUGAGUUGGUCCUUAACUACCCUCAUGAUCUGGAUCUAAGCUCUUACAUUGGGAAGGUGCCAAAUGAAUUUUUACCAUACAAUAAGCUGCUUCAGAAGUUUGGUCUGAGAAUAUCACUUUCAAAUAAAGACAUUGUUGGCAUGCUUCAUACCAUUCAGCAAAACAUUGAAGCAAGACAACAGCCAUUUGCAAGUCCAGCUGAGGUGAAAGUGUCCAUAGAGAUUCUCAAGUGGUUAUGGAAAACAAAGCAAACUGUCCAGGGUGAUAUCCCUGUCCCAGUAAUAACAGAGAAUGAACAGUUCACCCUUAAACCACAAUCAGAAGCACUUCUUUGUGACGUAAGCAGACAUAAACUGAAAGAGCUUCAGUACCACGAGGGGAAAAUGUAUAUACUACACGAAGAAAUCCCAAUAGCAGCAGCUGAAUGGAUGAACAUUAGAUUUCUCAGUAAUUACAUCCUUGCUCCAGAGCUUAUAGGUAUUGAGCAAUGUGGACAAUCUGAGCCAAUAACUACAAGGAUAAAAAACAUCCUUAAAGAGUAUGAUGAAGAUGGUGACAUCUUUAAGGAGCUCAUCCAGAAUGCAGAGGAUGCUGGAGCUGAUGCCUGUAAAUUUCUAGUGGAUUUCAGAGAACACAAAGAUCCUCCAGAAAGUCUUAUUGAUCCUGACAUGGCCCUUUGUCAGGGUCCAUGUCUUUGGGCUUUCAAUAACAAGCAAUUUACAGAUGACGAUUGGAGAAAUAUUAUCAGAGUUGGAUCAGCCUCAAAGGAAAACAAAGCUGAAAAGAUUGGAAAGUUUGGACUUGGAUUCAAUACAGUUUAUCAUGUGACAGAUGUUCCCUCAAUCCUGAGUGGAAGCAAACUUCUUAUACUUGAUCCAAAUGUGGCUCACCUAGGAAAGCACAUUAGCUCAAAGACAAAUCCUGGAAUAAAACUGGAUCUUUCUGUAAAGAGACUUUUUCAUUGCUUUCCCAGUCUUUUUGGACCAUAUGAAGGUAUUUUUGAAUGUAACUUCACACAGAAAUGUCCUCCAGAACCGUAUGAUGGCACUCUAAUCAAACUUCCUUUCAGAACUGAAAAAGAGGCUCAGAAGUCAAAUAUAUGCACAAAGGCAUAUCACAAAGAAGAUAUCACUGGCUUGUAUCAGAACUUUAUGAAAAAUUCACAAACUCUCCUACUUUUUCUCAAGAACAUCAAUACGCUGUCCCUGGGAAGUAUCUCCACAUAG